UCAUCGGUCACGUGUUUCUGGCGGAAGGACUCGAGCUCUGAUGCGGGCUUGUGUUUUUGAUCAGGAGUCAUGGAUAUCAGUAACAGAAGAGAGCCGAGCUCAUUAACAUUCAUACCGUGUUCGUGAAGUAAAUAGAUCGAAAUAAAAAGGUUAACCUCUGCGAGUGCAGAGAUCCCUGUUUCAGAACAGAGUGUAGUGCCAUUCGUGAAUAAACAAACCCGUGUAUUGCACUCAGGAGCUGUUCAUGCUUCUGUACUGCUGGUCAGAACAGUGAUUACCUUCACUACAGCACGAUGAAAACAUUUCCCUUCUUUGUGCUACAAGUAUUUUCGCUUCAAGUUCUGUGCUUGUGCCUGAACAGGACAUCAGAACAGAGACCAAAUAUAGUGCUGGUCAUGUCCGAUGCAUUUGAUGGAAGAUUGACUUUUCACCCUGGGAAUCAAGUUGUCCAGCUCCCAUAUAUGAACUACAUGCGGCAGAUGGGUGCGAUCUUCCUCAACUCCUACACAAAUUCUCCCAUUUGUUGCCCUUCAAGGGCAGCUAUGUGGAGUGGGAAAUUCAUCCACUUAACUCAGGCCUGGAACAAUUACAAAUGCCUUCCUCAGAACGCCACGACAUGGAUGGAUGAUCUGCAGAAAGCUGGGUAUCACACCCACCGGAUGGGGAAGCUAGACUACACGUCAGGGGGCCACUCGGUCAGCAAUCGUGUGGAGGCGUGGACCAGAGAAGUGGCAUUUCUUCUGAGGCAGGAGGGUCGUCCAGUGGCAGAAGUAGUAGGUAACAGAUCCACAGUUAGAGUCAUGACCAAAGACUGGAACACCACGGACAGUGCUGUGAAGUGGAUCAGACAAAAAGCCCCAGCUCUGUCACAGCCUUUUGCUCUGUACCUGGGGCUGAAUCUACCUCAUCCAUACCCCACAGAGGAGCUGGGUCCCACUGCUGGAGGCUCCACCUUCCGCACCUCGCCCUACUGGCUCAGAAAGGUUUCCACGGAGCAAGUUUCCCUCCCGAAGUGGUUGCCGUAUUCUCAAAUGCACCCUGUGGAUUAUUAUUCCACCGUCACCAAAAACUGCAGCGGCAACUUUUCUGAGCAGGAGAUCAGAGACAUCCGAGUCAGCUAUUAUGCCAUGUGUGCCGAAACAGACAGCAUGCUCGGUGAAGUGAUUGCUGCUCUCAGAGACACAGGUUUAAUAAACAGCACAGUCCUGGUUUUCACCUCGGAUCAUGGGGAUCUGGCCAUGGAGCACAGGCAGUUCUAUAAGAUGUCCAUGUUUGAAGGCAGCUCUCACGUUCCCUUACUUAUGAUGGGGCCAGGGAUUAAGUCUGGGACUGAGAUCAGUUUACCGGUCUCUCUUGUAGACCUGUAUCCUUCCGUACUUGACUUUGCAGGUAUCCCAAUACCACAAGGAUUGAGUGGUCACUCUCUGGUCCCUCUGACCUCACAGGGUAAUAAGCAGUCCACUGUACCUCAUCCUGGCUGGAUACUCAGUGAAUACCAUGGCUGCAACGCUAACGCAUCCACUUACAUGCUGAGGAUGGAUAAGUGGAAGUACAUCGCGUAUUCGGAUGGCUCGAGUGUCCCACCACAACUAUUCGAUCUGUCUAUGGAUGGCGCCGAGCUGAAGAACGUGGCAUCCCGGUACCCUGUUGUGUGUCAGUAUCUGGACAAGCUGCUGCGCUCAGUGGUGGAUUACCCCGACGUCACCGAGGCCGUCCGCCAAUACAACAAGCAGCAGUUUCUGCAGUGGAAGCAGAGCCUUGGGAACAAUUACACACAGGUCAUUGCCAACCUGCGCUGGCACGUGGACUGGCAAAAGAGUGCACAAUAUAAUGAGAAAGCGAUUGAGGACUGGCUUGACAGGUUAUAAUGAUCUAACACAGUUCAAAAUCAAUCUCCCAGAAUCAAAUACACGAAAUAAGACUGAACACUUGCUAUUAAAUGCACUCUUUCAUUUGUAAUGGUGUCUUUUUUUGUUGCAUUAUUUGUUUAAAAAACGGAUCUGACUUAAUUCACUAAUUCUCCGUCUGGUGCUUAACAUAUAUAUUUAAAAACCUUUUGUAAAUUAAAUAAAUCCCUUCAGAUGCAAUGCGA